ACAGGGAAGGGGCGCUCGGGAGGGGAAGUGUGAAGGGGUCCGGAGUGGGGGGAUCCGAGGAGACUGAGAGUGGACCUGUCUGAGGAGACUCAGAUUGGGGGCACGCGGGUGUUCAGAAUGGGGCAUCUGAAAGGGCUCGAGGCGGCAGGAGGGUGCAUGGGGAGUUUGAAUGUUGUUAGAGACCCAGACUCAUGGUCGCAGGUUUGAAGUUGUUAGGAUGGCAUCUCAAACUGUUUGAAGGGGCUUUGGGGUGCAGCCCUGGAGGCUAUGCGUGGAGCUCUUGGGAAAGGCUCCUAGUGAGGUCAGAGGAUAUUCUCUGUGAGAGGCUUAAGGGGCAGAAAUGUGUAGUUUCGUGGGCCAUUGUGGAUGAAGUUUGGGGCAGUGUUCUGGGUACUCACUGUGUCCGGGUGGCUUUUGAGAUGCUGAGGACUCAGGUUUUAGAAACCAAGACUGGGUGCAUGGAGUUGGUGUCCAUGGAGGAUCAGGAUGCCAGGGUCCCAGCCCUGGAACCAUUCAGGGUGGAACAGGCACCACCUGUAAUCUACUAUGUCCCUGACUUCAUCUCCAAGGAAGAGGAGGAGUAUUUGCUUCGACAGGUCUUCAAUGCCCCAAAGCCAAAGUGGACCCAGCUCUCUGGGAGGAAGUUACAGAAUUGGGGACCCCAUUCCCCUCUCCCAGGUGGGCUCCCCCAUCCCCGGGGGAUGGUUCCUGAGCGGCUGCCUCUGUGGCUCCAGCGCUACGUGGACAAAGUAUCUGACCUCAGCCUUUUUGGAGGUCUCCCAGCCAACCACGUCCUUGUGAACCAGUAUCUGCCUGGGGAGGGCAUCAUGCCCUGGUGCCCACUCCCCAGCCCCACGAGGACGGGCCACUCUACUACCCGACCGUCAGCACCAUCAGCCUGGGCUCCCACACCAUGCUGGACCUCUACAAGCCGCGGCAGCCAAAGGACGAUGACCCCGCAGAGCAGCCCCGGUCCCCGCCCCGGCCGACCACCUCGCUGUUGCUGGAACCGCGCAGCCUCCUGGUGCUCCGUGGCACCGCCUAUACGCGCCUCCUUCACGGCAUCGCAGCUGCCCGAGUAGAUGCGCUGGACGCCACCUCCCUGCCACCCAACGCCGCCGCCUGCCCGUCUGCGCGGCCGGGAGCCAGCCUGGUCCGUGGCACGC